AUGAGAACACCUGGGGAGAAAUAGACAAACCAUCGAACAGUAAAUCUGAUCUCUCCGAUCAGUGUAAACUUGUGCUGUGCUAGAAAGUAAAGGCAAUAGUUGCGUUACGACGCAGCUAUUUUAUUUUAUUAACGAACCCUUAAAUUUACGUGACAUAUACAUGAUUGAUAGAAAUAAAUAUAUUUAUGUGAAGUUUAUGAAACUUUAUACGAGAAAUAUAUUUUCUUGCGUAUUUGUUAAUGGUUAUAAUACAUUUUAAAGUGAAGUCUGCUUAUUGCUAUUGAUCAUAACCUGCAAUUUAAAGUUAAAUUAUGAUGAAUACGGAAGAGGUUAUAAUAGAAGAAAUGAUAGAAAACAGAAAUUCAAAUAAUGGAUUUAUGGACCUUAUAUCAAAUGUUGAAGAAAGUAGUUGUGUUCCAAACAAAGUAAUUAUUGAAGAUUAUUCACUGUACAAAAAAACUACACAAAUCAAUGUUAAUGAGACAAGUCAAUUUACAAAUGACUGCGAGGUAAUUAUAACUGAUAAUGCUGAAAUUAAACAAAAUUCUAAUAAGAAAGAUGACAUGAAUGAACAAGCCGAACAAAACAAAUCAGUCGUACUGUCAAAUACUAAACAAAAUGAAAUACUUAUUAACGAUACUGACAAAAAUCAGAAUACAAAUGAAGAUGUAACAUUUGAAAACUUGGAACAAAAAAGUGAUGAUGAUAUUUGUAUCAUAAGUGAAAUAAAUACAGUAUCUUUGGCUCAAAACAGUGAUAAAGUAUCUUCUCUUACUAGUAUUGCUAUAGAAUAUGGCAAUUCAGAUUCAGAAACAGAAUUUAAUACUGAUGAAACAAAAAGUGAUAGCAAUCAAAAUCAAUCUUUGAAAGAAGUACAGAUGCAAACUUAUAGGCAAAAUAAAGAAGUAUCGUCAAGUGAAGAAAGCGAUAGCGACGAUUCUACUAGUAGCAGUGAUUUUUCAGUAAUAGUUGAAUCAGAUGAUUCAGAUAGUGAUGAUAGUUCAAGCAAGAAAGGCAAAGAAAAUAAUGUAAGAAGAAAAAAGAAUAAUGAAAUGAGAACUGAAUUAGAUGAUUUACCUCCUAUUGAAGACUUAAAAAUUAGUGUACCUGAAGUAUUAUGUGAUCCAUUAGGAGAGGUUGCAUGGAUGGUUGAACAACUAGUAGUUGUAAAACCAAAACCUGGCAAACCGACAUUGAACCUAGAUACAGUUUUAUUUAUUGAGAAAGGACAAAGGACAUUAGGAAAAAUAUUCGAUGUUUUUGGACAAGUGAAUGAACCUCAUUAUUGUGUGCGAUUCAAUAGUUCUGAGCACAUAAAAGAAUAUAACAUUACAGCAGGAAUGACUGUUUAUUACUGUCCAAAUACAGAAUAUACUUCUUUAGUAUUUCUACAUGAAUUAUUAAAAAUCAGAGGUAUUGAUGCAAAUGCGGAUGAUCCUCCAGAAUUUUCAGAUGAUGAGGAAGAACGGGCUUAUUAUGAACAACUAAAAGCAAAACAAGUAAAUAAUGUUAAUGAAGCUGAAAAUCCGUCUAAACGAAAGCGUACUUCUAAACCUACUACUGGAUGGCAAACCAAUCAUCCGUGGAAUAGAAGUAUGCAGAAUCAAAGGAAAGGAUUUUAUGCACGAGGAGAUAGACGAUUUCCUUCUACACAAACAGAAAAUUAUUCUCAGAAUUUAUGGUCACAAUCCUAUCAAACUAAUAGUGAACCUUGUGGAUACGGAAUGUGUUCACUGCAACCUGUGCAAUAUAUGAACCAUAAUGUUAGUGGUCUUAACCAAAACUUUUAUGGCUCACACAAUUACUAUAGUGAAAAUAGUAGCUCAACAUAUCUAAAUCCUAGAAUUCCUUUCAAUACAUGUCCAAGAGUUCCUCCAGGAUACAUAACACCACAAAAUCAUCCAAAUUCAUCUACAAAUGUAAGGUUUCCUUGGCUACCACAAGUGUCACAAGUUCCUAUUCGAAUGAAAUUGCCAUGGAUACCUAUACCACCACCUCCACCUCCACCACCAACUUCAUCACCAUCAGAUACUACUUCAACAUAGUUAAUAUUAAUUACUUAUGAAUUAUAUUUUUAAUUUAGUUAUAUAUAUAUAAUUAUAUAUUAUAUAUAUAAUUGUAUGUAUAUU